GUUGCCUUCGUUUGGACUGCAACGUCGUUCGUUCGAUGUUCGAUGUUGCCGAACUCGGAGAAGACAGAUUUUUUCCAGCAACGCAGCACGGCAAACGUGUGUGCUUCCUUCGUUUUUCAUUUUUCGGGUCAAAAGUUUUUCCCGUACAAAUAAACCCUACUUGCGUUCUUAUAGGAAGUGUCGAGUUAUUUUAUUUUCAUUAGUGAAGAAGAAUAAAUUGAUGUAAUAAGUCAGAAGUGAAACAGUAAACAUCUGCUCACAGGAGAAAAAAUAAUCUUGUGGCAGAUCGAACCGCUCCCAAAAAAAUUGUGCCAAGUUAAAGUAAAAUUCUGUGCUGCUGGAACUGGUUGGUCGACAACGAGUGUGUCGAAAUGGAUUUUCUCUGUUUUGAAGAAAUCGACCUGCAGAACAAAUCCCGAGUUACGGUGGACAAAUGGUAACAUUCUGGGCAGUAGUGAAACCUCAUGAUGGUGAAUGAAUUUUAGUAGAAACAAACUACCCCCCCUACCUCUCCACUCGUGGAUGCCCAUAGUUAGACAUAAGUAGAAAGCUCUCCGCAAACCUCUUUUCCCGUAAAAACAUUUUUGUACUCCUGGUGAAGAUUUAUCCACCGUUCCGCGCCCCACAGAUUUAAUUCAAGUUCGAUUGCAAACGAUAAUUAGAUUCCUGCCCUCGAUGUAAUAAAACUACGCCGAAGUGAAUUGCGCUGCCGCUGGCUGAGGAGCAGACGGAGAAAGAAAGUGUAGGAAUUUGGUGUAAACAUAUUAAGCGAAUCUCCAAGACAAGAAGCAGAGCAGAGUUUUGUGUGGUAUUUCUUCGCUCUCUCCGUUGUAUGUUCUAUUUUUCGCCCUGUUGGCAAACACUGGAGUGCCCAGACGAGACAGAAAAGAAAACCGCUAGAGGAGCAGCUGCGGGGAGUUGUCCGUCAUUGGCGGCGGGCGAGACGAAAGCGCAUCCGCCUCUACAGCAAUCCCACGAGUGAUCGAAACGAGCGAAUCUCAACACCGCCACAAUCUCAAUGCAUGCUUGAAUCAUCGUUCAGCGCGUAUCAAUCGACGUGUAUCGAAUCUGCACACCAACAAGACUUGCAGCGUCGGUCAGUCUGACGAACAAAUCGCAAUAAAACAACCAUUGCAAAACGAAAACAUAAACAAUGGCCGGACCAGAAAUUACCUUCAUCUUCCAGUUCGGAAAUUUGCGGGACAUUGUCACCGUGUCCAGCCAAGCGCUAACGCUGCGAACGCUCAAGGAACUAGCCUGUGAUUUCAUCAACACUAAGAUACCCGAAAACGGUCUGAAUCGGCUCUCCGAUCGGCUGCUACUAUUCCGCCAUGACUACGGCUCAUCGAAUGUCCUCCAGAUGAUCAACUCGGCGUCCGAAAUCGUCGACGAAACGCUGGUAGAAAUUGUGCUCACCGCCAAUCAAUCCGUCCUUUCAGCAAUCGGCGCGCCCGGUGCGGACGGUGGCAUUCCACUGGUGCGACCACACGCCCUCGCCGUCCACUCGUACAAAGCGCCCACCUUCUGUGAUUUCUGCGGAGAGAUGUUGUUCGGCUUGGUUCGCCAGGGUCUCAAGUGUGAAGGAUGCGGCCAAAACUAUCACAAACGGUGCGUCAUCAAAGUGCCAAACAACUGCAGCCGGGUGGAGCAUACGGGCGCUGCCGGCGGCGGAGGCAAUCGACGCACUUCGUCCACACUUCAGCCCCCACCCCCGCGUAGCUCAUCCGGUGGGUCCAGCACAUCGCUCACUUCCGAGGAUCAGGCUACCAGCGGAUCGGGCUCACUGCUGCUCAGCGCCUCCCAGACAACAACAACAUCGACCGGUAGCAUCCGUCAGAAUCGGUCUCCAUCUCUUGGCAGUAGGGGCGGAGGUACCAUGGGCGGUAGCAUUAAAAUACCUCACAGUUUUUCCAUACACUCCUAUACCCGUCCCACGGUCUGUCAGUACUGUAAGAAGCUACUGCGGGGGCUGUUCAAACAGGGUGUUCAGUGUCGGGACUGCCACUAUAAUGCCCACAAGAAAUGUGUGGAUCAAUGUCCGAAGGAUUGCACCGGCGAAAACACUCAGCCCGUGGAUCCCCAUGACGAUCGGAGUGUGGUGGGCGAACGAGAGGACGCUGGGGACGAGAGUGAUUUCGAUGACAAUAUUUACCUCGGUGGUGGUAAUAAUAAUAAUAACAACAACAGUCAGAAUAGGAAUGUGCAAGGGUCGGAGAACUGUCCGCCGAUCAAAAUCAACGGGCUCAUUACGGCACUGCACGGUGAUGAAGACUCUGGUCCCGGUGGCGACCGACUGGAAGUGAUUUGCGAACAGUCCCGGCAAUCUAGCAAUUCAUCCUCCUCUCCCAGUGCAAACAUUCCCCUGAUGAGAAUCGUCCAGUCGGUGAAGCACACUAAGAGGCGCGACGGGCGUGCUAUCAAGGAAGGAUGGCUGGUGCACUUCACCAGCAAGGAUACGGCGGUGAAGCGACACUACUGGCGACUUGACUCGAAGGCGGUAACGCUGUUCGUUUCGGAUCAGGGCAGCAAGUACUACCGAGAGAUUCCGCUGAACGAGAUACUCGCGGUGGAAGCGGCCCGAGGUCUACAGAACGAGGUGCUGCACUGUUUCGAGAUCAGGACUUCGAAUCUCGAUUACUUCGUUGGGCAGGACCCACUGUACAACUUGAAGGAAGGCGAUCCGAUGUUGGCUCUUCCGCCGCCCGACAGCGGAAUCGGAGCAUAUCUUGCGAAAAGCUGGGAAACCGCUAUCAAGCAGGCGCUGAUCCCGGUGACGAAAACCCGCUCCGAGCCGGCUGGUAGUGAACCGGAAGAGAAGGUAACCGACAUGAGCCAACUGUAUCAAAUCUUUCCCGAUGAGGUACUGGGCUCCGGCCAGUUCGGUAUCGUUUACGGUGGCAUGCACCGGAAAACACAUCGUGCCGUGGCUAUCAAAGUGAUCGACAAGCUACGGUUUCCCACCAAGCAGGAGGCUCAGCUGAAGAACGAGGUAGCUAUACUGCAGAACCUAUCACACGCUGGCGUUGUGAACCUGGAACGGAUGUUCGAAACGCCGGAACGGAUAUUUGUGGUUAUGGAGAAACUGAAAGGCGACAUGCUGGAAAUGAUUCUUUCUCACGCAAACGGUCGACUGAACGAACGGGUCACAAAGUUUUUAAUCACUCAGAUUCUCGUAGCUCUCAAGUACUUACAUAGUCGUAAUAUUGUGCACUGCGACUUGAAACCGGAGAAUGUACUUCUGUCGUCCGAUAAUGAGUUUCCACAGGUAAAGCUGUGCGAUUUCGGUUUUGCUCGAAUCAUUGGAGAGAAAUCGUUCCGAAGGUCGGUGGUUGGAACUCCCGCCUAUUUAGCUCCGGAGGUCCUCCGCAACAAGGGUUACAAUCGCUCGCUUGACAUGUGGAGUGUUGGAGUGAUUAUCUAUGUGAGUCUAAGUGGAACAUUCCCCUUCAACGAGGAUGAGGAUAUAAACGAUCAAAUUCAGAACGCUGCCUUCAUGUACCCACCGAACCCAUGGAAGGAGAUUUCCUCUGAUGCGAUCGACCUCAUUAACAACUUGCUACAGGUGAAACAACGCAAGCGUUUUACAGUGGACAAGAGUUUACUGCACUGCUGGCUGCAGGAUUUGCAAACCUGGAACGAUCUGCGGAUACUCGAAACGCAGGUGGGCCUACGCUACUUAACCCACGAGUCGGAUGACGCCCGCUGGGGUGCAUCCACAGUUGGGGGUGGUAUCCCAUGACCAGAAACGCCCACAGUGAUUCCGUCGGGUGGCGGCAGCGGCGGUGGCUGCAUGCUUGGCAAUAACAGCAGCAAUAAUAGCAAUGACAGUGGUCAGUCCUCACCCAAGCUGAAUGACUUCCGCGGGAAGGCAUUUAAGUGGGUUCGCGGUCGCCUCUGUCGGCUUAUUAAGGCCUAAAAGGGAAACCCCUCUAGUAGUGUAAGUACUUAUUAACGCCACGAAACCCAAAACACGUACGCGUCGUGCGCAACAGAGUGAGAUUCAAGGGAGCUAGUAUCCUGUUAGACCCACCACCACCACCUCCACCACCCGUUCGAUGUAAUGCACACAUUUUGUUGUCAUCGGAAUCCGAGAAAAACAACUGUAAAAUACGCUUCAUCGGAAUGUGUGAAGCAAACUAUUGGCUUAGUUCAAACGUUAUAAAUUAACGCAAAAAAACUAGAUCAACUACUUAUUGACAGUUGAAUCGAUCAACUGUGAUCAUGAAACAGUUUCAAGGAACACAUAAUUAACUCUUAGAAACGAAGAUCUUUUUUGAUAGACAUUAUCAAUUACACCUACUACUUUUACAACGCUUCUUUCUACCAUAGAUUAAUGAAAUGAUAUCGCGAAGAAGAAAACAAACAAAUACGCCACAUCAUUGUAUCGAUCUAAAUAUUGCUGUUUUCCUUUCCAUAUACUCGACCAGCCUAUCUGUAUUCAGUGUACUGCGAAUUGUAACUAUCUUUACGAACCGGACGAAAGUGUUCUCUAUUGAGCUAGAGAGUCAUUACACCUGUGUAAGACUAACUGUAAGAGAUGGAGCCGUACUAGCUUUACUUUUCGUACUUGUUUUUUUUUUUGCAACAAAAGAGAUCUGUUUCUGAAGCCCGACAUGCGGCCUGUGCGGACUGUGUUCUGUACAAGCUGAACAAGUGAGCAGAUUCUGUACGAUAUUUGCUUCAUACUUUGUGAAUUUUAGAAUUUUAUUUCCCCACACCAAAGAAAUCCAAACAGGAAGUUUUUCUGCAUUCCAGCUGUCCUGUUUAGAUGUGGUUCAGAAGAUUAUUUAGACCAUGACAAGCUGCGUUCUGCCCUUUAUUAAUUCUUUCUUUGGUCCCUAAGAAUUAAUCGAUGAUUUCAUUAUUCUUCUACUCCAAAUGCAAGUUUCAUUCAAUCGAAGGAAAAACAUUGAAUCUAUCCGGUCACUAAAACAAAUCGGAAAACUUUUCAGCCUGGUGAUCUACCGAACUUGGCUCCAAAUUGUCAAAAUCUUAAUCAUAAUGUUACGUAGCGAAUGAGUCAGGUCAGUUACACCACAACCACAACAACUAUCCAACUCAUCGUUUAUUGUCAUCCGGAUUACUAGAAUAGAAACGCUCAUUUAGCUUAGCGUCUACGCACACAUAAACGCAAAUGCACCGUACUCUGUUUAAGUUUACCUAUAAAAAAAUGGAAUGGUAUGACUUGAUCCGUCGCGGCACUCCAAAAUGGACUAUGGGCCCUUCCAUAUAGAUCGAAUCGACCAUCACUAUGACAUCGAGCGAAAUUUCGUAUUUCGUAAAUCGAGAUGAUAUUAUCAAGUCGAGUUCUUGCUCGAUUUUCAUAUAUUGCAAAUUGCAUAUAUUUAUGUGUUUCUGAAUUGUUCCCCAAAGAAAAAUAUCAGGGAUGCAAACCAAAACAAACUAGUUGUCUGAAGAUAUGCAACAAGCAAACCAAACAACUCGAAAAAUUAUGACACUUGCACCGAUAGCUUUCACUCGGUCGAUGAUAAUAGUGCUAACGAGCAAAAUUAGUGUCGACUUGAUUUCUAUAAUAGGACCCAUCGAUGGAUUGCGGGAUUCGUGUACAUUAUAUGUUAUAAUUAUAUUAUAACUGCUUGAUAUGGUGAAAUAUUCUCUACUCUAUAUGAUACAUUUCGUGUUCUCUGCUAUCGAAUCCAUAGCCAAUGAUAUCAUUUCUAUAUAUAUAUCGGAUUAUCAUCGAUACUUCGUUUUUCGCCAAAGCCAAAUUUAUUUUCCGGACAGAAAAGAAAUGGAAUUUUGGAGAGAAGAGCAUAGUGUUUAGACGAGCGAGCGACCGAGUGAGAUGGAUUUCCGAGCGGGCAUUGGCUUAUAUAUAGACAGAAUCAAAACAGACAGCGGUUGACUAUUAGAUCCAAUAUUUUAGUAGUGCAGCAAAUCAAGAAGAUUUUUAAAGUUUUUACUUACUUAAAGUAUUUAGUGUUGUUCUUGGCCAAACCACGCGUCGACAACCAAGGCUAAACGAAAAAUGAACCAUAGUAUGGAUACAUUUUCGUGGCAAAAGGGUUAGCAAUUUCGAAGCCAUCAAGUAUGAGGCAAAUCGACAGAAUCUGCGUUACGCCAUCUAGGCGCAUAACACAAAUACUCAAACAUAUGAAUUCGUGGGUGUAGGAUCUGGUACAUAGAUUUUAUAAAUUGAAUCGAAAAUCAUUGCUUUUGCAAAUCAUUAUUGAGUUAAGAUUAAUUGUUCCUUUACAGAAGCCAGCAGAAACAAAUUAGAAUCACAUUUCCCGUUUAUUCACUAGGGCUUUUUAUACUAGGCUACAAGUGGUAGCGCAUCACAAACCAUCUGUAUUAUCGUUUUAAGAUCAGCACAUUCCCCACAGGCUAUAUACUCUGUUUUAACUUUUACGUACUUCUUCGGAAAUAAAAACUAUUUUUUAUGUUAA